ACCGGAAAAGGCGGAGUUUCGGUACGCCCAUCAACACUACUUGAAACGAUGAGGAAAAAAAAUCUAUUGCCGUGAGAAACAAAAUCAACAAAUAUAAAUAUGUAUCUUCAUAUUUUGGUCAUUACUUGACAUGGCUGAGUCUAAAGUUGGACCCCUGAAUAGCUAAUUCGUCAGCGAUUAGGUGACCAACUGUCCGUUUUCAAAGUUGAAGCUAGCCCGAGGAGCUAACUUGCUGUCCAACACUCUUGCGGUGAAUUUCAAAAUACUCGUCUUUGGGGGGAAAAAAAGUGACGAAGAGGACGACAAUGUCGGAGCUCAGCGACGAGGCCAGCGAAUCCGAGCAGCUCGGCGUGAGUCUGUCCCUGUGGCUGGGAGAGUCCCCAGUGAGCGCCGAGGAGCUGGACGUCCCCCUGGACCUGCACACCGCCUGCUCCAUUGGGCAGUACGACGUGGUGGCAGAAUGCAUCCAAAGGCGUGAGGUGGACCUGAACGGGAAGAACGCGGGAGGAUGGACGCCCCUGAUGUACGCUUCGUACAUUGGCCACGACAACAUCGCCAACCUCCUCCUGGAGGUUGGCGUGAACGUCAACGCCACCACCGCCAAAGGACAGACCCCCCUGAUGCUGGCCGCCAGCUGCGGGAACGAAAGCAUCGCCUACUUUCUGCUCCACCAAGGCGCCGAGUUGGAGGUGAAAGACCGUCGGGGCUGGACGGCUUUGUUCCAUUGUACCAGCGCAGGACACCAGCAGAUGGUGAAGUUUUUGCUGGAUAACAAUGCCAAUGCCAACGUGAGGGAGCCUGGGUCCGGAUUUACUCCCCUGAUGGAGGCUGCCGCUUCCGGACACGAAAUCAUCGUUCAGUACCUGCUGGAUCACAAGGUGAAAGCAGACGAGCGCAACGCCAAAGGCGAGACGGCCCGAGGCCUGGCCAUGUUGUACGGCUACACCAAAAUAGCCAGCCUCAUUGACUCGCGCUGUCCGAGGAACAAAGCGGGACUUUUCCAGGACCUCAGCUCCUCCGAGGAUUCGGACAGCGCCCCGCCCAGGCCGCGGGCCGGCCGCGGCGGCCGAGCCAAAGGCGCCAGCAUCCACGACGGACCCCAGGCCAUCGCCAAGUUCCGAGUCGGCGCGCCAAGCGAGCCUCGCGGCACGCCGGCCGGCUACGCGACCUUCGGCGGCGCGGACGAACGGAGCGACGGCAUCCGCCACCGCGACGUGACCUCGCCCAUCAACGAGCUGGACGGGCAGAGCAACGGCAGCCGAGACGAAAGUCCCUUCUUUGACCACGACAUGCCCACCAUGAGAAGCAGCGGCAGCAGCAGCGAAGGUUUGCCUCACCUGAUGGGCUGGGAAGGCUCCGUGGAGAGCAACGAGGACUCGGACCAGGGCCAAAAGAGUAGCUCGCGCCGAGUCGCCAAGACGCAUCACGCCAAAGGGAAAAGUCGCCACGCCGGCAACGACGCGCUUCACGGCGCAGCUCCGGGCGCCGAUGUCGCCGCCUCCUACAGCGGUCCAAAGGAUUUGGCAGAGUUCUUGGAACAGCUGGGCUUCUCAAAGUACCUGCCUCUACUUGAGGAGCAAGACAUCGAUCUACGCAUUUUUCUCACCCUGACGGAGAACGACCUGAAGGAAAUUGGCAUCACGCUGUUUGGGCCGAAGCGCAAGAUGACCUCCGCCAUCGCCAGAUGGCACAGCAGCGCCCGACCGCCCAGCGACGCACUGGAGCAGUCGUACGCCGACCAGCUGGAGGCUGAGAUGCAGGAGAUGGCCAUUCAGCUGCACAAGCGCUGCGAGGAAGUGGAGGCCCUGCAGAGUCAGGUGUCGCAAGAGAAGGAGCUGCGCGCUGUGAUGGAGGGAUGCCUGAUGGAGGACAAGACGGCCUGGAGGAGGGUGCACGGCCAGCUGGUCGAGAACCACCGGCUGACCCAGGACAUGAGCGCCACCUUGGCCCGGGCCCGAGCGUGUCGCUCGCAACUGCUCGCCUUGUUGAACGGCACCAAAAGUCAGCCGGCUUGCGCCAACAUCACCGCCGGCUUUGCGACAAACUCCGGCGCAUCCGAGCUCGUGAAGAAACUCGACGCCUACGAGGAGGAACUGGCCGAGACUUUACAAACCGUGCUUCAGAGUCUGAGGCGGCUGAGCGCUCCGGAAAAAGUGGCGGACAGCUGGGAAAGGCCGUAAUCUUUGCAGUGGCUUCUGCAGUCAUGACGGCGGGUGAGAUGACCACCCCGAACGAUGUCAACGCCAUGUCCGAUGCCCCAGGGGCUCCAAGACAAGCAGGCGGGAGAGAAACGGGGGGGUCGGGGGGGGGCAUACGCGUGACCCUCACAUGCCCGUGUUGUUCGGCAUGCUUCUCGACGGCGGGUCGCGUGCACAAAUGCUGUGAAAUGGUUUCUUGAGCAGCACUGGGCAAGGGACCCAACUCUGUUCUCUAUUCCCGCCUGCCGAGGAUUUAUAAUAAUAAUAAUAAUUAUAAUACAUCACAUUUCUAAGCGCCUUUCACAACACUCAAGGACACUGUACAGCCAAGGCCAGUCGUAAAACACAGAGAAAAUAAGAAAGAAAGAAAGAUUUACGGCGGGUAAGCAAGCCUGAAUAGG